AUGAAGAUCCUUCCUAAAUCUAAGAAGGCGAUACCUCCACCGCCUCAAGUGACUGAACUUAUCUCCAAUCUUCUUAACGCUUCCAAUGAACAAUUAGUACAAAUUUUGAAAGAUGUGGAUGCCUGGAAAUGGCCCCGUUCUGAUCUCAAUGCCUGGGUGAAAGUACUUAACAAGUUCGACGACCUCAUGGACCAAGUUAUUCGCGAGUACAAUGUGGACAAGCUACAGCUAGAUCCAUUCUCUCCGGAAAAGAGGGAUCUUCUCGCUGAAAUUCUUCGCUUCGAGAGACUCCUUCUGGAGAACUCCACGAAUAGAAAGACGUUCAACUCCUACGACAGAUUGAACAGUCUAUUAUCUACCUCGGAUCUUGACAUCCUCAUUUUGGCGUUGAACCUUUUGCUUCGACCUUCACAACAGUAUUCCGCACAGCCUGCUGUUUCGCACGCGCUUAGCAUUUCCACUAAUAGGCUUCAAUCUUUGGCAAAGCGAUGGCCGCAUCUACGCGAACACGGAAUUGGACUCGUUGAAUUGGCAGGAGACAAACCUGGCGAGGAAUUGGAAGGUGUCCCACCGGAGGCCCGCGAAGUCAGUUUCAAUUUUUACAGGACAGACUCCUCAGAUGGAGCAGAAAUUGAGAAGCCCGUUGAAGAAGUUUUGGAGACUCCAGCCACUCCACGUAAACCAACAGCACCUUCAGGACCGAGCCCUCCUUCCAGUGCCAUCAAUAUUCGCCUGGACGAGUCAACCAUUGCUGCACAGCCAAUUAUGAACGUCCUCGCGAGUGCCAUUCAAGCGCACUCAAUACCAGAUAGCGAAAUAUUCGAAUUGCUUUGCAGAAUCCGAACGGCUUCUUCCUUGUCCCCGGGCAGGAAAAAGGAACGUGAAAAGUUGGUCGUCAUACGUUUACUAGCCAUCGCCAUCUUUGGCCACACCCACACUGAAUCCCAAGCGACAUCGGCUUUGUUUCUUUAUGAACCCGAUCUCAUUGGGCAUAUUGCUGAACUUCUUCAAGUCGAUCGAGGAGUUCCUACAAUCGUCCAAACCGCUGCAAUCGCCGCAUUGGAUGCUCUCGCAAGGUACAAGAACAAAGUACAAGAAGUACUCACCGCUGUUAACGCGGGCGUCAAUCAUGGUAUAUUGAUGGCACUUGUCCGCAAUAUGGUUGCGGAAGUGUCCAACCCCGAGUCCAAACUUCCUCACGCCUUUGUGGAAGCUCUGUUGUCAUUCAUAACAUAUAUUGCGUCCCACGCUUCAGGUGGCAAUAUGGUUGUUGGUGCUGGCCUGAUUCCCCUGUUAAUCCAGAUAAUGGAAAACAGAUCCCCCUUCAGACUCCCUGUCAUCUCUAAAACGAUGCAACUAGUUGAUAAUGUGCUCUAUAGUUUCACGAACGCUUUCACCUUGUUUUGUGCAGCUCGCGGAGUUGAUGUGCUUGUUGAUAGGAUUGAGUAUGAAAUCGAUUUUGAUAUUAACGAGUACUCCAGUGAAUUUCACCCCUGUGCUCUCACCGGUAUAGGUGAACUUCCGAUUCAACGUAUAGCCAUUUUAAAGCACAUUCUCCGGUCUAUGCAUCGAAUGAUGCAAUCUUCGGGGACUGCUGAAGGCUUACGUGGACUAAUCGAUAUGUCCUUGCUCAAGUCUAUCAAGAAGAUCAUUGAAUAUCGUGGGCUUUUUGGGCCCAACAUUUUCCCACUUGCUAUAAACAUCAUGUCAACCUUUGUUCACAACGAACCUACUUCACUAGCCAUAAUUCAAGAGGCCGGGCUACCUGAGACAUUUUACAAUGCCAUUGAAAUUGGAAUAGAGCCGUCCAUCGAAGUCAUACAAGCUAUUCCCAACGCAAUCGGUGCGUUAUGUCUCAAUGACGUAGGGCAGGCGUUGUUGUCCAAACGACCAAGCAUCAUUCCGGGGAUUUUCUCGAUUUUCACAUCUGAGAAGCAUCUGAAAGUCUUGAUUGACAAGGAAAACGCGGUAAUAAUUGGGACAGCUGUCGAUGAAUUGAUUCGUCACCACCCUUCUCUGAAAACACCUGUUUUCGAGGCUCUGAAGUCUGUCCUGGGUCGCAUUGAAGAUUUCGGCAUGUCUUACUCACCUACUCCCAACAUUAAACAAUGGUACCAAUUGGUUCCAAUGGCACCUACCACUUCUGUCGAUGAUGAUGUCACAAUGCAAGAUGAUAGCCUCCCAGAAAAGUUGUCAGGUAUAUCUCCCCAAAAAGCAUCGGAAAAGACCACUGAGAAAGCAACUUCUCUGGUUAAUGACGACGAGAUAGAGGAAGAUGAAAGCUUGAAGAAUCAUGACAACAUCGUCGUAUCUUACAUCGAUGUUGUUGGACGGUUUUUGGAAGGUUUCUUCCAACACCCUCCUCACUGCAAGGACUUUGUGACCACUACUGAUGGGCUUGAACGCUUUGGACGUUUGACCGGACUACCCUGCCUACCUUACGACUUUGCAAAUAGUGUAGCAUCAGAUUCCAUGGUUCAAGUAUUACGGACUAUGACCGAAGUGGCGACAGUCGAAACUUUAGUUCACUUGUCCGACAUUGUGGAGGCGUCUUUAAAGGAAACCAAAUUUUUCUGGGACCCAAUCAUGGAAUCUUCGAAACUGCUUCCCUUCGUUGAUCUUGCUGCUGGGGACGCCUCACUCGCGAAUAGUCAAUUCAGAAGUUUGGUUACUCUCCACAUUCGUAUAACCUUGCUAUCCGACGUCUUUGCCACCGCUGGUCAAGCCCAAGGCAGGGCAGCCAUAGGACUACUCCAGACACUGAUGGAGCACACUCCGUUGCAAGUGCUGACUGACCUUGGAUGCCUCCACCGUGCUAGCAUCUGGGAGAACAUUACUCUCAACUUAGGGUUAAAUUCGAAGGGAAUCGAUCUUCAACUUAGUGCUGCAUCAUCGCCCCUGGAAGGGUCACCCAAUCAAACUAAUAUAGAGUUACCCCCUGUCCCACCUCUUCCUGGUCUACUUCCUCUUUCCCAUCCUUCUGGUGCCAGAAAUGGUGCAACGGCUUCAAAUGGUACCCACCUGGGGACAGACCUUACCUUGGGAUCGGGUGGCAAAGAUAACACUAAUAAGCAAGAUGGCCCUAGAGACUGGAACGCAUCUUCUCUGAAACAUAUCACUCAAGGCCUGCCGAAUGCGCUGGCUCCGUUUUUCCAAGGCAAGUUGGAAAUAUCAUAUUUGAAUCCAGAUCCUUUGCAAAAGAAGCAAAUCAAAGAAUCAUCAAAGAUCGUUGCUGAUAUCAUGUUGAAACACUUGAAUAUCAAUGACUUUGACAACAAGGCUGCUCAGUACAAUUAUUAUAGUGUUAUAUUUGCACUGUUUGCUCUUCUACUCAUUGAUGAGCGCACAGUUACAAAUACUCUUCAUACAGUGGAGCUCUUUGCUUUCUAUCAGUCUCGUGGAUUUGAUGCUAUCUUUACUAUCUGCUCGUCACUGGCUGAUAGAAUCGAGGUCAUCACUGCAAUCAAAGAGGAUUCACGUUCAGAAACAGAGAAAAAAGAGUUGUUGCAUGCUUAUAGUGCUAUGAAGGUAGCCUUGCACCUCAUAUACCCUGUCGUUUCUUCGAAACCGCUCUUCGAGUCGGGACAGACCUUGCUCAUAGUCACUCGUGACAAACCAGAGACUGACCCGAGCUAUUUUGAACCUCACAAUUUCCUUGUCAAAUUACGAUCCGCUGCUUUGCCGCUCAUCCGCAAACUCUGGGAAGCCUCUUGGCUUAUUCAGGCACCUCUUAGUGUAAGCAGGUUUGUAGUCCGGACAGUUCUUGAGUUGGUGAACGGUGAAGGCGAAGAAAUUAAAUCUGACUCGAGCAUGCCUGACAUUGGGCCUACUCCUGUGACUAUCACUAGGCCAACAGGUCCAGAUGAAAGUCGGAUUCAAAUAUUAACUGACAUGGGUUUCCCCCGCUCUGCUGCAGAGCGUGCUUUGGCAAGGACCCACAAUAAUGUCAAUAGCGCGACCGAGCUACUCUUAUCAAACCCCUUCCCUUUACCGCCUGAUCCUGUUCAAGAAACUCCAGCCCCAGCCCCAGCCCCAGCCCCCGCUCCCGUUGCUACAGAAAAUCAAGACCAUUCUGAAAUUGACAAUGAUGCCCAAUCUGUUGAGACCCCCACGGAAGAAAACACCCCAUCACCACCCCCCAUUCCUGAAAUCGACGAAGCUAGCUUGAGCACGCCCGGUAAAUCUUCGGAGGAGUGGUACAAAUUAUUAGAGGAGGCUCGUGAACCUUUACGGGCGAGUAUCAGCAGACAAUCAUUGUUGCUCAUCGAUGAACACCUUUCUCUUCUGUUCGAUCUUCACAUUACAUUCACAAAAUCGAGCAAGCAUCAAGAGCAGGCAGUUCGCGAUCUUGUUGACGAUGUUAAAGCCUUUUCAGCAUUUGCUCUGGAUGUUCAGGAACAACCCCUUGCUAAUAGGUGUCGCCUUUUGGCUUUGGUUCUGUGCGAAAAACCUUCUUCAUUAGACCAAGAUCUGCGAAACGUCUUGAUGGACCACCUUUUGGCGUUAUUACUUUCAAGUGUCGAUCCCGAACAUCCUCCCCGAUGGCUUGCUGCCCAUUUACUGGUUACUGAGGCCCUUUUCACGCUCUCUGAUGAACCUCGCUCAAUCAAUCUGCCAAAAGAAGGUGAACCCAUCUUGCCAGAGAAUAGAUCUGUUGGCCCUCCACGAACGGAUGCUCGGACAAUUGUUUUCGACUUCUGUCUGCGUCUACUCGCUGUCGACGAUUUACCAGCUGAUGAAUUAUUAUCUGUCUUACGAUUAUUCGUUCUAUUGACUCGGGACAGAGACAUGGCAGGUCAAUUUGUGAAACGCGAUGGGCUUAUCCACCUAUUCAAACGCCUCAGGGUGUCGCCUGUGAGUGGUGGCUCAUCUUAUGUUGCCACUAUUUUGCGCCAUGUUGUGGAAGAUGCUUCCAUUAUCCAAAACGUUAUGCAGCAGUCCAUUAAGCGAUAUCUAACGCAACCCAGAGUUAGAAUAGUCGAUGUCACCAGUUUUGUAAGAAGUUGCAGCGCUAUUGCACUCCGAGAUGUUGAUAUCUUCAUCGAUACGACAAAGUCUCUCUGUCAACUUGAACAGCCAUAUUCGUCUUCGCCACACAUAAAAUUGCAGAACGACUCCGCAUCUAUUCAAAAGUUGCCAUCAACGGGACAGGAACAGUCUUCAGAAAUGCAAGUUGACGCCCCAUCUAGUUUGCCAUCUAAUAUUCCUCAAAAAUCUGUGGAGAGUGUGGUUUCUUUAUUAGUUAGCGAACUUAUGACUACUGUCAAAGUCAUCCAAGAUGCGCCCAUCCCAGCGUCAACGACACCCGUUGUUGCCGCUAAAUUGGACUCAACAGUUGCACAGCAAUCACAACAAAUCCCAGAUCCCCAAACCUCUCAGACAUUAGUUGCCCCUGCAACGUCAACUACCUCUGGUCUAUCGGAGGGUGGCACGGUGGCCGCAUCUCCUCAAAUUGAUAUCCAGGACAAACAUCAAUAUGCAUCGUUUUUGAUGCAAUGUUUGACUGAACUACUUUUCUCAUACGAUUCCUGCAAGAUCGCAUUCCUGUCAUAUUCCACCAAAAGGCGGUCACCCCAAACUGUCAAGGAACCCACCAAUAAGUUUAGAAACGCAACCUUACAUUUCCUUCUUUCUGAUUUAGUGACGUAUGGAACUAUCAAUUCUUCCUCUGACUCAAAGCAACAGCGCAAUAGGGGCAUGCUCUGCAGCUGGGCCAUGAAUGUCAUCGGCGCAUUAUGCAUGGAUACCUCGUCGGCACCGGACAUAAAAGAUGUGUCAACAGAUUUGGUUUAUGUUCGGAAAUUUGUAUUGGAGACUAUCAGUCGUGCCAUCAAGGAUGUUUCAUCGACAUCGGACAACACUGAAUCUCGAUAUGGAAGAUUGCUCGCACUGGCUGAUCUAUGCCAUCGAUUGCUAACUGCCCGUGUCAAUUCCAAUUCGCGGAAGCAUCAAGAAGAUAUCCCGACACAUUUGGCCAAAAUAAUGUUGGAGAAGAACUUCGUAGCUAUUCUUACAACGGCCCUCUCGGAAGUCGACCUCAACUACCCUAACGUUCGCAAUCUUGUUGCUGCCAUUCUUCGUCCUCUUGAAUAUCUAACAAAAAUUGCCAUAAAAAUGAGCAGGAGCUCUACCAAAACCAAAGAAGAUAUUGUGAAAGAAGACAGCGUCUCGGCGGACUCUGAAUCAGAGGAUGAAGAUAUGGAGGAUGACAACCGGGAGGAAACUCCCGAUUUGUACAGAAAUUCAGCUCUCGGAAUGUAUGCUGGGGAAAUGGAUGAUGGUCAAUACGACGAAGAUGAGGAUAUGGAUGAAGAUGAAGAUGAUCAGGACGUUGAAAUGGACUAUGGUGAAGAAACUGGCAGCGAGGACACAUCAGCAUCUGAAUCGGAGGGUGAAGAGGAUGAUCUUGGACAUGGGGAAGAUGGAGAGGUCUGGACUGAAGGGGAAGAUGAAGAUGAAGAGGGCCUCGUUGAGAAUCAUGAUGUUGAUGAAGAGGACGAAGAACACGACGGUGAAGAAGACGAUAACGACGAAGAAGAUGCUGAAGAUGAGGACGAAGAAGGAAUGAUGUGGGAGGACAUGGAAGAUGAUGGUGACGGAUUGGGUUUGGCAUUAGAUAAUGCCGAUGAAGCGGGACAUGGAGUUCCUAUCCAAGUUAAUCAUGAAGAGGAUGAGCCUGAAAUGGCCUCCGAUGAAGAUGAAUUUGCACUUGAUCAUCAUCAUUUCCACAAUGACGGGAUAUUCAGCUUUGGAGAGGCCUUCGUCAAUUCGGCUGCCAGAGAUCUUGGAGGUUUAUUUGUUCACCGCCGACAUCGCAGUGCAGAAUCGCAAGCUUUUGGCCGUUCUAGAACUGCUCCUGCGCCAGAGACGACUACGCAUCCUCUCUUACUUGACAUGUCAACGGCCAGUCGCUCAAAUAACCACCAACUCAGAGGAUUCAGGCAUGCGCAAAGAAUCAUUAGCAACGGCCCGCCAAAUUUCCUUCAGACAAUUGACGAAAUGCUUGGAGAAGGAUCAAUUCAAGUAUUGCAGCAAAUCAUAUCUCGUGAAGCAGGAGGCGGUGAAACAUUCCGAAUCGAGGUCCCUGCUGGGACAAUCCUGCAUCAUAGUAGGCGCUUCCUAGGCUCGAGUCGUAGUGAAAGGGUGCCUCGUCCCCAAGGAGGUCGGCACGGCCGUGAGUUUGACCCCCUCGGUACAUUGCAGCGAUGGGCGGAGGAGAUGAAAAUUCUUCAUGGUGACUUUGUCGGAGAACGCGUGGUGAAAUUAGCCAAUCACGUUACGUUGGCAUUGCUUCCCGCCGCAGUUGAGGCUAUCAAGGCAGCUAAGGUGCGGGAGGAAGAAGAGAGUAAAAAGAAGUCUGAAGAAGCGGCCAAGGCUGAGGCAGAGAAAGUCGCAAACAGUCAGCAGCCGAGUGAACAAGCUCCAGAAAAGGUCUUGACGCCCGAGCAAACUCCAACAGAUGAGGCUGCUAAUAGAGAUGCAAAUGUAACACCUGCCAUCUUACAUAUACCUUCCCAAGACGAAUCAGAAACACAACAACCCACGACGGAUUUGGCGAUGUCAGAUGCCAACCCAACAGAUGCAGACACUGUUAUGAUUGACGCUCAUGAUUUGGCAAGGCCCGUCUCUCCUGCCGCACCAGAAAUAGCCGCAGCCAUAGCUGUUCCUCCGCAAGAAGUCGUUGCUGGAUCAUCGUCUGAGGCGACCAAUAAUCCACCAGAACGCGUAACUGUCAUGAUUCAUGGAAGUGCAGUCGACAUCACAGAUACAGGAAUCGAUCCCACUUUCCUCGAGGCUCUUCCAGAUGAUAUGCGAGAAGAGGUAUUAAACCAACACGUUAGGGACCAACAGGCUUCACGAGUGGAGCGUCCCCCUGAUUCCCAAAUUAGUUCUGAAUUUCUUGAUGCUCUUCCUCCUGAAAUACGUGCAGAGAUUAUCCAGCAGGAAGCCAUGGAAAGAGCUAGACGUCGGACGGUUGAAGAGAGUGCUAGGGCUCCUGUCAGAGAAGCCGCCGAAAUUGAUCCUGCCAGUUUCAUUGCCAGCCUGGAUCCUACCCUUCGUCAAGCUGUUCUCUUAGACCAAGAUGAUGGUUUUAUUCAAUCGCUCCCAUCUCAUAUGAUCGCAGAAGCAGGAGCGUAUCGAGACGAAUUACACGGGGGCCGUUCCUUGGCUUCUCGUAUACCUGCCCGCAACGUACCAGGUACAACUCCUAUUCGUAAAUAUACACCCCAGCAUGAUGCCAUCUUGCUCUUGGAUCGUCCCAGUGUUGCAGUUUUGGUUCGCUUGUUGUUCUUCCCUCAGGUUCUGAAAAAAACCUUGCUCUUCAAAGUCCUUGUUAACAUUUGCGAAAAUGCCAAAACCAGGAUAGAUCUUUUCAAUAUAUUGCUCGGAAUCCUGCAAGACGGUACUGCAGAUCUCGCCGCAGUCGACAAAAGUUUUGCCCAGAUGUCGGUUCGCAAUCGUGAUACAAAACCUCAGACGCCUAAGGCUGCAGGAAAACAAAAGGCAACUGCUGAUCAUGUUGCUGCUCUGGCAUUACCACCUUCGCAAAUGGAAACAGUUCCGGAUUUAAUUGCGCAAAGAUGUCUGGAGGCAUUGACUUACAUCGUCACAACCAAUGAACUCUCUUCGUUAUUUUUCCUCACCGAACAUGACAUCCCUGCAGGCCUUAGAAGAACGAACCUGAAGAAGGGUAAAGGGAAAGAGAAACAAAACCCACAAACUCAUUAUCCGCUUGUUUUACUCUUGAAUCUUCUCGAUCGUCAAAAUCUUCUACGAACACCAGCUAUUCUUGAAUCGGUAGUUGGCUUACUCGCCACAGUCACCCGCCCGUUGACCAGCUUGAAGGACCAGACAAAAUCGCAGGAAUCAAGCUUACCUUCAUCCUCCUUACAAUCAAUAUCAACAGCUCCCGCCCCUGAAUCCUCAACUGGAACCAACACAUCUGCUCCGGCACCCUCCAAUCAAGCUGCAGAUGCUCCCGUGGUGUCAACAGACUCUGCACCUUCUGCUCCCGACGCUUCUGGAUCUACCAAACCUUCUGAUUCUGUCGACGACAAGGCGUUAUUGCCUCAUCCUCCUCAGAUUCCCAAUAGCACACUGCGACUCAUCGUUAACAUCUUGACAAUCGGUGAAUGUUCAGGUAGAACAUUCCAGCAAAGUUUGGCCUUGAUUCAACAUCUGUCCUACAUUCCUGACUCACGGGAUGUCAUUGCAAACGAGCUGAAGGCUAAAGCCCAAGAGUUUGGUCAAACAUUAUAUGCUGAUUUGGACGAAUUAGCUGUUGCCCUGCAAGAAUCUCAAAGCAAUGUCAUGGUGAGCUCGGUCGCCACCAAGUUCUCUCCGGCGUCUUCCACCCAGGCAAAACUUCUUCGUGUCUUGAAGACGAUCGAUUAUAUGUAUACUCCAAAGCCACCAUCUAGCGGAAGUCAAUCAACAACAUCUGUUGAUGACGUUGAAAAAGUUCAGGCUAUAUACGAAUCCUUCAGGUUUACUCCACUAUGGCGCAGGCUAGGGGAUUGUUUAUCUCUCAUAAGCGAGAAUGCAGAAACCGCACAGGUUGCUACUGUUCUGCUUCCUCUCAUCGAGGCCUUGAUGGUGGUUUGCAAGUUCGUGGCCUCGAAAGGCUCAGGAAAUGUUUUGCGGGCCAUACGGGCGUCAACUUCUCCGAGAUCCCCUGCUACUCCGAAAGAAUCCAUGGAAGACCUGUUUAUCAGCUUCACGGAUGCUCACCGCAAGAUUCUGAACCUUAUGGUCCGAAACAACCCAUCUUUAAUGAGUGGGUCUUUUUCACUUCUAGUGAACAAUUCUCGUGUUUUGGACUUCGACAACAAGCGUAACUACUUUAAUCAGCAACUACACAGGAAGCCUCAUAUUCGAGAACAUUAUGGUACUCUGCAAUUGAACGUGCGUCGUGCUCGUGUUUUCGAAGAUAGUUUCCUGUAUCUUCAGCGCAAAACCGGCGAGCAAAUCAAGCACGGGAAACUUAGUGUUCGAUUUUAUGAUGAAGAGGGCGUCGACGCGGGUGGUCUGACCCGGGAGUGGUUCCAGAUCUUGGCUCGUCAAAUGUUUAAUCCGAACAACGCUCUCUUCCAACCAUGUGCAGCCGAUAAAUUGACUUACCAGCCUAAUAAAAAUUCAUGGGUAAACCCUGAGCACCUGUCAUUCUUCAAGUUCGUUGGUCGUGUCAUUGGGAAAGCCAUUUACGAUGGGCGUUUGUUGGAUGCAUACUUUGCGCGAAGCUUGUAUCGACAACUCCUCGGGAAGCCUGUCGACUACAAAGAUGUCGAAUGGGUGGAUCCUGAAUACUACAACUCGUUAUGCUGGAUCCUCGAGAACGAUCCAACUGCUCUCGAUCUCACUUUUAGCGUUGAAGCUGAUGAGUUCGGUGUCAAUCGCAUCGUGCCUUUGAAAGAUGGAGGAGAGGGAAUUCCGGUCACGCAAGAAAACAAACGAGAAUUUGUGCAGUUAUCUGCUCAGUAUCGCUUGUACUCAUCUAUCAAAGACCAGAUUGAAAGCCUCUCGAGCGGGUUCUACGAGAUUAUCCCAAAAGAUUUGAUAACUAUCUUUAAUGAGCAAGAACUUGAACUUUUAAUUUCUGGCACACCUGAUAUCGAUGUCGAUGAAUGGCGUGCCGCUACCGAAUAUAAUGGAUACACAAGCUCAGAUCCUAACAUCGUCUGGUGGUGGAGAGCUCUCAAAUCUUUCAACCGAGAAGAACGUGCCAAGGUCCUUAGCUUCGCUACGGGCACUUCGAGAGUCCCACUUAGUGGCUUCCUGGAUCUUCAAGGGGUACAAGGAGUCCAAAAAUUCUCUAUUCAUCGUGCCUAUGGCGAACCUGAUCGACUUCCUCAAGCUCACACAUGCUUCAAUCAAAUCGACCUUCCCCAAUACACAUCUUACGAAAUGUUGCGGCAACAAUUAUUGAUGGCUAUUCAUGAGGGUGGUGAAGGAUUUGCCUUCAGCUAA